GAUUGUCAUGCGAGCAUGGCUCGGAGCCGUGCUGCUGAGCGCGGCGAGCGCUGCCGCGCCGCGGCUGCUGCUGUCCCGGCCUAGGAAAAGGGCAGGCGCGAGGUACUAUCCCUAUCAGCAGCUACUGGACUGCGAGGGCUCCAACUUCAGCCGGGGCUGGCGGGACUUCCGGCGCCAGGUGGCCGCGAAUGCUGCGCAAGGCUUCCCGGAGAAUGAUGAGCUUCUUGAGAGAGCCCGGCGCAUCCACGCGGAGUGGGCCGAGGUGGCCUCGGCCCGCAGCAUGACGCAAGUGCGGGUUCUGGUGAGACAGGCUGAGGUGGCAGACCUGCGUGAUUUUUGUCUCUUCGGCUUUGCAUCUGCCCUGUUCAUCAUGUUCCGGCAUGAGAAAACCUUCCAGCUACUGGAGGACUUGCACAACGUCAUGGGCUGGUCUGAGUGGCCAGUGGACUUUUCCGAGUCAUCGGGAUGGCCGGCCUACUGGCGCAUGGCUCCGCUGCACCUGGAGCAAGCCAAAGCCCGCGGUGACAUCAGCUUCAGCGCGGAGAACGCUUGGGGAAUGGAAGAAGAGAUGCUGCCGGCUGCAACCCCGUCAGAGGUUGAGGCUGCGUUGGUCCAGUGGCUGUCUGCCGUGGGCGCGCCCGUGCCUGCUCGGCCUGACGCCCUCAGCGUGCCAGCGCCCUUUGUGGGAGAGCUGCCGCUACGGAGGCAGCUGUCCUUACUGGUGGCAGGUCACCACAUGGGGUCAUCCCUGGAGCCGUACACCAUGCUGCGCCAGGCAAUGUCCGGCGCUGACAUGAGUGUGGAGGUUCAAUUUCAUGGACAGCGCCACCCAUCCGCAACCAUGGCCUGCAAGGAGUUUGGGUACUGCCAUGAGAACCAGCAGCUAACGGAUUGGAUGAAGCGCUGGGAAUGGAAGCAUUCCUGGGAAGAUGACUAUGACUGGAUGCACGAGCAGUGGCCCGAAGCCUUGGAGGGACUGGCGGGGAUUCUCAAGUCCGACCCCUUCCUGUCGAGCGUGGAGCUGGUGGUGUGUGGAGGUCCAGCCUGGUUUUGCUGCAUGAUCCGCGCUGUGAAGGCAGUUCCCAUGCUGCUCUACUUUGCGUGGCCGCUGGUGCCGCUCAUUCCCCCGGGUCUCAGGCCGCAGUUCCUCCUGCAGAUCCAGACUUUGGGUCAGGCGGCAUCGCCGCCCGCCGUGCUGGUUGUUGCCAACUGGAUCCUGGCAGCUCAGUUCGCCCUGCAGGUCCGGUUGCCCACGCCUGUGCAGCGGGUGCAUGGCCUGUACACGGGCCAUACGCACUCCCCUGUGCCGGCUCCGAAUGGCCACCACAGGAUCAUGUUCUCCCGUUUGGGCGUGUGGUCAGGACAAGCAGGGCCGGCUCUGCUUGAACUUCUGUGGUCGAUGUUCGGCGAGGAGCAGAAGAAGGGCAGCUUUCCUUUCGAGCCGGUCUUCCUCAGCAUCCGCGUGAGGCUGUGA